GACUAUUAUACAAAUAGGAUCACAGCUACAAAGAUUAUUUUUGUUUUUCUUCUUAUUUUUCAAAUUAUUUGUUUUAGUUCAUACUAGAGCCUGGAGAUCUCCAUUUUCAUUGCGCCAUAAGACACAACGUCCCGCGCGGCGUGUUCGAGCGUCGGGUUAAGUUGAUGAAAGCGAAGCCCUAUCUUAACUAUUUCAAUUGCUACCGGAACCAGGUGCUCUACAAAGAUAGCAACAACUUCCUAGCAUCCUGCUGCUAGCACAUCGGCGACCAAAAGGUGAUCGGUGUGAAGGCCUCCUGUGAGCGCGGAUACUCGCGGAAUGUCAUACGCAGGAUAUUCAGCUCACCGACUUACGGGUCUGUCAUAUAUCUUGACCGCAUAAUCAGGCGCAUUAAUUAGCCUUGGCUUUAAAAUGUCAGUUAUGCAUAAUCGUCGAUGAAUAAAAAAAAAAAACAAAAAUGAAGCGCAGCAAACAUUUCAGCCGGCUGUAGUCCUCGAGGGCGAAUUUGUCGCUGACAGCUUACGCAAA